UGGUCAGGUGAGAAGGAGUCAACCCGCUCGGUGCAACUUGAAGACGACGUAGAGGCGGAAGAGCAGGCGAGGGAGGAGGUAGUGGUGGUAGUGGUGGUCUGACGGUCUUGGUUGUGUUGGUGGUUGUGGUCGUGCUUACCUGUUCUACCCGAGCCCUCCUGCCAGCCUCACCUGUCCCCGCACACCUGACGAGCGUUUCCAUGGCAACGUGUGACUUCCCUCUACGUCGGCGAGAAAAUACUCCUCUUGAAAGGGUCCACCAGUUGAGCUCGGAGGGGCAGGGCGGCAGAGAGACCCCCAGCAGUCAUGUUCGGCUCCGUCCUGAAAUGGUUAACGCAGCCGAGUCCUGAGCGCGAGAACUACAGGAACUCCAAGGAAGCUUUUCUGGCGCUGGUUGGUUACUCCAUCGGCCUCGGCAACUUUUGGAGGUUCCCGUACCUUUGUUACGUACAUGGAGGAGCCACCUUCAUCAUCGCCUACGUGGUGUGCAUGGUGUGUGUGGGCAUGCCGAUGAACCUGCUGGAGCAAUCCCUCGGUCAGUACGUCGGCCUCGGUCCCACGCACAUCUUCCCCUACAUGUUUCCCAUUCUCGGAGGGAUCGGCUGGGGCAUGACGAUGAUACGAGUCAUGAUCUGCGUCUACUACAACGUCAUCCUGAGCUGGAGUCUCUUCUACGCCGGCGCCUCCUUCAUCUCGCCCCUGCCGUGGUCCCAUUGCCUCGACUUGCCCAAAGGAGGAGACUGUUCCCGCAAAUCAGUGGAGCUGUCCUAUCGAGCUGCCGAGGAUUAUUUCGAACACGAUGUCCUCGGGAAGCCUGAAGGCGACGAGAGCCCUUACGAGAUGCAUUGGUGGCUGGUGCUGUGCCUGGGCCUGUCGUGGGGGCUGGUGUGCGUGUGUCUGUUUCAGGGGAUCAGGCACGCGGGCAAGAUCCUCCACGUGACCGUCACCUACCCUUACGUGGUGCUGAUCUGUCUCUUCGCCCUGAACUACGACGAAAUCAACAAAAAGGCGAAGAACCAGUGGCUGCAGAACCUAACCACCAUCGAGCUCGAUAAAUUCUUUAAACCGAAGUUGUGGAGCGCCGCGGCCUCUCAAGUCAUCUACUCCCUGGGCGUUGGCUUCGGCGGAGUGUCAAUGAUCGCCUCGCACAACAAACUCACCCACAACGUUAUCAGAGACACCUUUCUGCUGUGCCUCCUGGACGUGUUGACUUCGGUCCUCUGCGGCAACGUGCUCUUCAGUCUCGCCGGCUCCCUCUCGCCCGACAUGAUCUCAGAUAACAACGGCUUCUCCCAGUUGGUCUUCACGCUCUUCUCGGCCUUGUUUGCCCGCAUCACCUCCUCCCUCUGGUCCUUCCUCUUCUUCGUCAUGAUCUUCAGCCUCGGGUUCGACAGCCUGCUGUUUAUGGUCGAGGCUGUCACCACCACCCUCCUGGACCAGUUCAGCAAUUUCCGUCGCUAUUACCUGCUGGUCAUCUUCUCCACCUGCUUCACCCUGUUCUUACUCGGCCUCCCCAUGUGCACCCGCGGCGGCUUCUUCUUCUUCGACCUGAUGAAUGAAUACACCGCCAAGCACUCCCUGUUCUUCGUCGCCCUCCUCGAAGUGGUCAUCACUAGUUACUUCUAUGGUCAUCAGAACGUGCUCAAGUUCAUGAAAAAGUACUUCAAGGUGCGCGUGCCGCGGCCCCUCCGCUGGUACCUCGCCGCCACCUGGAGGGUCAUCACACCUGUCUGUCUGCUGCUUCUCUUCGUUGGCUCACUCUACAACGAAGACUGGAUGUCGGAAAAGACUAAGACGCUCUCCUUCAUAUGCGGACAAGCCAUCGCCUUCGCCCCCAUCCUGGUCAUCCCUGGCUACGCCCUCUACGCCUACUACACCAAGGGGACCAAGAGUUUGAAGGAUCUGUUCACUACCAGGCCGGAAUUCGAAACACGCAAAUUUCGUAAAGGCGAGCGACCUCCUGACCCAGCCAGAGAAGUCGACACCCUGUCCUUCGGCUACUUCAUAAGACACAUUUAGAUGCAGAGAUGUUACGCGUGUGUGUUGAAGCGAGUGAAAGAGGUAGAGUGAGACCAGACUGGCGAGAUCAUUUUUGUGUUGGCUUUUGGGUCCUCUCCUCCCAUCCACUCUGCCACCCCGAACUCUUCCUCUCGUAUGCUAGCUACAGGUAACAUAUGAGAGGAAGGGACAGGUGUUGGGACUUUGUGUGUGGCAGAGCAGCAGGAAAAGGACCCACGGUAGCCAACGCAAAACCGAUCUCGGCAGUCUGGUUUCACUGUAGUGCUAGAUAGAGAGAGAUGGUUAGACGAAGUUAUGUAAAGAAGCUGAACUGUGGUGGUGUGGUAGUGUUGUCUGGACCUGGUAGUGAUGUGAUGGUGGUGGUUAUGUGAGGUUGUUCUUGGUGUUGAAAGGAGUGAAACAGAUAGUACAAGACAGAGAGACCAUUAGAUAGACAAAGUAAAAGUCAAUAAAGAAACUGGUGUGGUUGUGUUAGUAUGUAGAUUUAGUAGUGAUACGAUGAUAGAGAGAGAGAGAGAGACAGAAACGAGUGGACAGAUUGAUGGAUAAAGAGACAGAAACAAAUAGAGAUAGACACAGAGACAGAACCUUAUGUAUACGUAUAUAUUCUAUGCGAAACACAGAGCCAUCGCAACCCAUUAUAGCCGAUUCAAUUCCCCUGUCCAGUUAUGCUCCGUUCGUCAUUGAGGGCCCGGUAUUGCCUCUCCGUUCCCCGCCUCCUGUAGUCUCGUCGCCCGAAAGUGUGGAUUUUAGGUCUGACUGUGAUAGAUUUGGACCAGUCGCCUUUUAUCGCCUAGGUCACCGGUGGAUGUUCUUACUGAUGCUUGGACUAAGAUUAUGUGAGUUUGUGGUUAUGUAGAUGUUUGUUCAGUGAUGGAGGAAGAUAUAGCGGGUGAUAAUAUUGGAAUAAGAGUAAAAAUAAUGAAAUAAGAAUGGAAUGGAAUGGAAAAGGGGGAAAAUAAUGAAACAAGAAUGGAAUGGAAUGGAAAAAGGGGAUGAUAAGAUUGGAAUAAGAAUAAGAAUAAUGGAAUAAGAAAGAUAAUGAUGGAUGUGAGUAGAAAAAUAUGUAGGAGCUCGUUCAGUUAUAUUAUUUGUUUGUGUGUUUAUCGCAGGUUAGGUAAAGGCAAUCUGGGUUCUCGUAAUGUUAGUAAAGUUAGUAGCUCCAAAGGGUAUUAUUAAUUCAGCGUUAGUGUUGGUCCCAGAGAUGUGAAGUCAGUAAUACGUCUCAAAUAAGCUCACUACAGUAUUUUUUGUAUAUUUUUAGACAAACGGAAGCCAGUCAAGGUUCAUACUCUGCAUAAUAACGGCAAAACUAGCUCAAAAGUAGGUUGUGAAGUAUGUGUUUUCUACUAGAGGUAAUUUGUGUACAGAAAUACAUCUAAAUAGGCCUUCAUUGCAGUAUUUUGUUUCUUUUUAGGUAAACGGAAGGUAGUCAGGGUUCAUACUGUACAUAAUAAUGGCAAUAGUAGCUCAAAAGUAUGUUGUGAUGUGUGUUUGUUCUUAAGAUUAUGUGUCCAAAAAAGAAUCUUAUAUAGGCUUUCACGGGAGUAUUUUGUUUCCUUUUAGAUCAAGAUAUUGUAGUCAGGGUUCAUACUAUGCAUAAUAACGGCAAUACUAGCUCAAAAGUAUGUUGUGAAGUGUGUGUUUGUUCUUAAGAUUGUGUGUUCAAAAAUGCGUCUUAUCCAGAGGCUUUCACGGGAGUAUUUUGUUUCCUUUUAGAUCAAGAUAAUGUAGUCAGGGUUCAUACUAUACAUAAUAAUGGCAAUACUAGCUCAAAAGUAUGUUGUG